AUGGUGAUCACAUCAGUAGUCAGUGGUUCUGGGACUCUUGAUUCUGCUUCAAUCAAAAGUACUUUAUUUGAAGCGAUGAGUCGGCACCCUCGUCUGAUGCGUCGUGUCUCGACAUUUAACACAUUUUACAUAUUAGAAGAUUGUAAAGUAGAUAUGGACGACCACAUCAUAAUUGAGCAAGAUCGGCUCUCUCAACACAAAUUUUUGACAAUAUUAAACACUUUGAAGUCACAAAACUUGGACUUUUCAAAACCCCUUUGGAAAUUUCACAUCUUCACAAAUGUUGCUGGAAAGUGGAAAUUUGUUGCGCAGAUAUCCCAUUGUCAUGUCGAUGGUGCGUCUGCAGUGAGGUUGUUAUCUGAUAUCACCAACUACACAAAUUGUGAGCAAAAGAGUCUUGUGACACCACCACUUCAGACAAGACCAACUUCAAAUGGUAACAAACACCAAUUUUCCUUUUCGCGAAGUCUAAAAAUGUUGUUUGCAGUUUCAUAUCAUUUCAUUCGAGCUAUUGUGUGUGCCAGAGAUUGCACACAACGUUUGAGGAAAAUUGUUGUUGGCCGACAGAAGUGUUAUUGGGGACAAUUGGGAACCAUUUCUGACAUCAAAAGUAUUGCGACGAAGUGCAAUGGAAGGCUCAACAGUCUACUUUUUUCUUGUUUAUCAGACACAAUACAAUCCAUAACAAAAGAAAGGUGUUGUGAUGACUCUGUCAAGUUUUAUGUCGCGACGAAUAUGCGAGGGUACGAAGACAAUAUAGUGCUAGGUAAUAACACUGGGUUGUUGUUGCUUGAACUUUACUCCGAACACAAUUUAAAGUUGCGAGUGAAACAAUUUGACUUAAAACUUAAGGAGUCCAAGUCAAGUUGUGAAAUGGUGUCUUACCAUAUAAUGAUGUCUAUCAUCGGAGCAUCACCCGACUUCUUCGAGAAAUUUGGAAUUACCAUAAUGGACAAAA